AAAACGUUCGCACUACGUGAAACAUCAACACUGAAUGACGCACAUCCUUCGCAUCGCAGUCCACUGCCGCUAAUGCUAACGCUAAGCUAAGUCAAUGACAGACUGUGUCGUAGAUCGUUGUUUGACAUCUUAUCUUUGGUGAGACAGUCCUGGCCCGCGUAGAAGACCCCGUUACAAUUUUCUCGUAUUUGUCUGGGAUGUAUGGAUGGAUAGUUGACGGAAUCUCGUCGCUGUUUGAGCCCGUUACGGGGCAAAAUCCCACCGAGUGGCCCGGGAAAGGUAACGUUAGCGAGGAGAUACCCACGCGACCUGGCGUGAAAACGGGAGCACAGCGGCAGGAGAACCACGGCAGACCGGCUAAGCGGAACUACCAGAGUGUUGAUGUUGCAGACAGUGUUUGCCAGAGUGACCAAGUAGAAGUGAAAAGACGCAGACGAGAUGUAGUCAUUAGCUUUGUCAAGAAGACUGUGGCCGGGGUAACAGGUCUGCUCAGGCUGCGGAACCCGCUGACGACCAGGUGUGAGAAGCCCAGACAUUAUGAAGAGACACAGCAUGUUACUCUGAUGGGGAUAGAUGAACUCCACACCUCAUGGCUGAACAGUACUGAGUGGAGAAUGAAUAAACCAGUGGGUGGAGUGAAUGAGAGGGGCGGGAAGAAUCUCUUUCAGAGCUCCUCACCUCCUUUAAUGAGGAAAUACAGUGGGGCAGGGCUGUCUGCAGGGCUCCCCGACAGGGGGAAGGACAGGGAGAGGAGAGGCUCCCUCCAGCUGCUGCCCUCCAGACCUGCUCUGAGGGUGGGAACCCCUAACCCUGAUCUAGCCUGCAAUGGCUUUGGACACAACCGCUGCUACAAGCCCAGUCUGACCGUGGAAGAGGCCAUAAAGCAGAACAAUAAGGAGCACUACAGGCGCUUGCUGGAGAUGGUGACAGAGAAAUACAGCAAAAGCCAACCACUACCUUUCAAUCAAACAAAACCGCAAGAUGAGUCGCUGUCACAGGGUGAUCACAAAACUGCUGCUUCAGGAAAAGCCUUUGAAUCAGUGCCCAGGAAGACAGGAUACACAGCUGUCCCAAGUGUGUUUACAUGGAAAAAUGCAUCUGCAACCAAGGACAGGUGGGGUAGCUUGACCUUUAGUAAGACAUUCAGUGGAGUCUUUGAGGACACACAGCCUAUUAGAUGUGCAAAGCAGAAACAGGCAGCAGAGUUGGACCUUUCUACAGAAGUAGCUACUCGCCUCAAUCUAGUGGACAGAGAGACUCCUGCUGUCAGUCUCCCCGACACACAUUCUGCACACACAGCCCAUACAAGGCACAGCGAUGAGGACAUACCUUGGCUGACAAAGGAAAUGGCAGCGGAGGUGAGUUGUGUUCUGGCUCAGAGUGAUCCCAACCGUGUUCUAAGUGCGGCUUUCAAACUUCGCAUCACACAGAGAGACUUGUCCACACUGCAGGAAGGCGGCUGGCUCAACGAUGAGGUGAUUAACUUCUACCUUUCCCUGGUCAUGGAGCGGUGCUCUGGCGAAGCAGCAGGAUUAAAAGUCUACUCGUUCAGCACCUUCUUCUUCCCGAAGCUGCGAGGUGGAGGAGGUGGGCAGGUGGGAGGACACACUGCUGUGAAGCGCUGGACCAAGACUGUUGACCUUUUCCUCUACGACCUCAUCCUGGUCCCUCUGCACCUGGGCGUCCACUGGGCAAUGGCUGUGAUUGAUUUUAAGUCAAAGACAGUGAAGUCAUAUGACUCGAUGGGCCAGAGACAUGAUGACAUCUGUAGUCUUUUACUACUCUACCUUAAAGAGGAGCACAAAAUAAAGAAAGGCAGAGAGCUCGACAGCGCCAAAUGGACUAUUGGAAGCUUGAGGGCCACUGAGAUUCCUCAGCAGAAAAAUGGCAGUGACUGCGGUGUUUUUGCCUGUAAAUACGCUGACUAUAUUGCAAAAGGAAGGCCUCUCACCUUUAAACAGUGCCACAUGCCUCUCUUCAGGAAGUUAAUGAUUUGGGAAAUCCUCAAUCAGAAGCUGCUAUAGAGGAUCUCAACAAUCUCAAUUAACUGCCUAACAACAGAGACUUUCUCAAUGGGAGCAACAUCUGUGUACAAUAACUACAUGGUGAAGAAAAGGAAAUGAGUGGGCCAAAGAAGUGGACUUUACUGAAAUCUAACUCAGUUUAGCUGUUCUGGUCUGGAGAAAUCUAACACUAUUCUUAAGAGUUGAUUAUGUUCCUUUUCCUGUCAGGGACGUAUUAACAUUUUGUAAUCUCUGAGUUGUAAUUGGAGACAUUAUUGGGAUGAAAGAAGAAGUGUAUGUCUUACACAAGCUUUGGCACUACUGACUGAAUGGCUUUUUUUUCUUCUUUUUUCUUUUUUUUAAAAUGGACUUUAGAUUGUUAGUUUUACUAUUUGAAGUUCUGCCUGAAGUGCCUUCAGCCUUCUGACACUGAGCUCGACUUUGAACAUGCUUUUGUCGAUUUCGGGAAAUUACUUGGUCACAUACAACUCAAAGUCAGUUCUGAGGAGCUUGACUCAGAAUUCAUUGAAUUAGAUUUUUGCAGGUCAGUGAUAAUUUGGAUGUUCCACUCUCAAUUAUGAUCAACAGAGUGGACAUCAACUAACUACAAUGCUAUUUAGUCAUGAAACUCAAUCUAUCUAAGAAAUAUAGACCAUGAAAAUCAAAAUACCUCUUUUCCGGUCCCAUUUUUCAGUAACAAAAGCAUGGUUGAGCACUUGUAGUAUGUUUGUUUUGCUAUUAUUUAUGACUUGACUGGAUGAGAAAGUGUUUUUGGAGUGUGUGUAUAGUUUGUUUUUCCUCCCAUGAGUGGAGCAUUAAUAGUUGUUUCCUCAUAUGUAAGAUAAGGCGCUGUUAGGUUUGUGAAUCUUUUCCAUGAGCAUAAUGCAAGAGGCUACUUAGGGCUAUUACAUUGGCUUACAGUAUAGUAUACUGCAUAGCAAACUACUGUACACACAUGCAUGUUUGAGUUCAUGCUUUAAAAAUGUGAUCUUUUUCUUUUUUCUCCCUGUAUUAAAGUAUUUCAUUUUUCAAAUUGGA